AUGAAGGGCGGCGGAGCCAUCAGGAGCGGCGGCGGCGGCGGCGGAGGCGGGGGCCUGAUGCGGACGCGGCUGCGGCUCCCGGUGGUGCUCGUCUCCUGCUCCCUCUUCUUCCUCGCCGGCUUCUUCGGCUCCCUCCUCUUCACCCAGGAUCCGCAGGGGGAGGAGGACGUGGAGCGGCCGCUGCGGAGGGAGCGGCUCAUGGAGGCGGCCUGGCCGGAGAUGGCGUACGGGGAGUCCGGCGAUCCCGCGCCCUCUUUGAUCCCGCACCAGAUUUUGAGUUGGCAACCUCGUGCAUUGUACUUUCCCCAAUUUGCAACAGCAGAACAGUGUGACAACGUAGUAAAAACUGCUAAGGCGCGGCUUAGGCCAUCAACAUUGGCAUUAAGGAAAGGAGAAACCGAAGAGACUACCAAAGGAAUAAGGACAAGCUCAGGCACAUUCCUCAGUGCUGAUGAAGAUCCAACUGGAGCCCUUGCAGAAGUUGAAAAGAAGAUUGCAAAGGCUACCACGAUACCAAGGAGUAAUGGAGAGCCCUUUAACAUCCUCCGCUAUGAGAUUGGACAGAAGUAUGCUUCACACUAUGACGCGUUUGACCCGGCUCAAUAUGGUCCACAAAAAAGCCAAAGGGUGGCAUCUUUCUUGCUCUAUCUCACGGACGUCGAAGAAGGUGGAGAAACUAUGUUCCCGUAUGAGAAUGGGGAAAACAUGGAUAUAGGCUAUGACUAUGAACAGUGCAUUGGCUUAAAGGUAAAACCAAGGAAGGGCGAUGGCCUCUUGUUUUACUCCCUUAUGGUAAAUGGCACCAUUGAUCCGACUUCACUUCACGGAAGCUGCCCGGUGGUCAAAGGAGAGAAAUGGGUCGCCACAAAAUGGAUUAGAGAUCAGAAGGUGAAAAUGGAUUAG